UAUUGGUUCAAAGAGACCUGAAUCAGGUUCUUUUGAACCAGGAUUGGUUCAAAGAGACCUAAAUCAGAGACCUGAAACAGGUUCUUUUGAACUAAAAUUAGUUCAAAGAGACCCAAAUCAG